AUGGCCUCUAAGUUGAGGGACUUUGUGAGUUUGAAUCCUCCUACCUUUCUUGGCUCUAAGGUGGGAGAGGAUCCCCAAGCAUUCUUGGAUGAGGUUUAUAAGAUAGUCCAUGCUAUGGGUGUGUCUUCUAGGGAGAAGAUGGAUUUGGCUUCAUACCAAUUGAAAGAGGAAGAGUGUCGUACGAAAAUUCUCCAUGGUGACAUGACUUUGUCUAGGCUCAUUGUGUAUGUUCAAUCCAUUGAGGAGUCUAAGCUUAGGAGGAGAGGUAGAUAUGUGAAGAGGGGAAGAACCGAUGAGCAAGAGGCGCUUUGGACCUGUCUAGACGGUACUAGUGGGUGUAAUGGAUGUGGAAAGAAUGAUCAAAAGGUGAGAUAUUGUCCUAGUAUUGCUUCUAGGAGAAGAGAUGUCAAACAAGCUCCUUAUAAUGGUCCAGGUGUUGAUGAACAAAAUAAGAAUCACUUGUAUGCUCUCCAUGCUAGUAAGGAAGCAAAUCCGAAUGAUGGUGCCCGUAAGUUAUAA